CUACAAUGGAUAUCUUGAAUACUCGGAGGAGCCGUUUGACUCAAGUCGCCUUCGUGAUGAGCAGCACUUGUUCCGACUGGGUCAAGGUGAAUGUCUUCUUGGCUGGCAGAUUGGAGUGUCAACAAUGCGCAAGGGAGAGGUUGCUCAAUUUCUCAUCAGCCCCGAGUAUAGCUACGGGGAAAUGGGCUGUCCACCCAGGAUCCCUGCCAAGGCAACCAUGUUGUUUGAGAUUGAAAUGCUGCAGUAUAUUGAUCACAAAGCAGCUGACGACUUUGCCGAUUUCUCAAAAGAGGAAAAGCAAGCUGCCCCAUUUGAGCAAAUCCUGGCUGUGAUCAAUGCAGAACGGGAGGCUGGUAAUGACUUCUUCAGCCGUAAGAUGAUCAGCAAGGCCAUGAGCAAAUAUGGAAGGGCUAUCGGCCUUCUGGAGAACAUCAACUUACAUAGCGAGCAAGAGGAGCACAUCUGGAAACAGGCCCUGCUCAAGCUUUACCUCAACAUAUCGCUGUGUUGCAUCAAGCAGACGAAGUCCGUCAGAGCUCUCAUGUAUUGUCGCAAGAUUCUCGAUAUGGAACCGAAUAACGUCAAGGCACUCUACAGGCUUGGCCAGGCACAUAAUCAGCUGGGUGAAUUCGACAAGGCUCGCUCGUAUCUAGUGCAGGCAUCGAAGGUAGCUCCAAGCAACAGAGACAUCGUGACGGAGCUGCGGCGAUUAGACGACCAUGUAAAGCAGUACAAGAAUGCAGAGCGGGAGACCUGUCGCCGGAUGUUUGGCAACCAGCCCGCCCUGCCUGUUGCCAAGACUCAGUCAAAGCCAAUGUACACCCGUGAGAUGUUCGAGGACGUCACUGCACGAUUGCAAGCGUUCAUCGAGAGUCCCAUCCGCGAGCUGCCAUUCCCAAUGAAGGGAAUGGACGAUGCUGAGCAACAGUGCAUUGAGCAUGUGUGCGAUGAGCUACGACUGCAAUAUGACUACAUUGGAGAGGACGUUCAGCAAGUUCUGAAAGUGUCGAAAUCAACUCGCUAAAUGCCACUGCAACAGCCGCCAUUGGUUUCUUGCACAGCGUGAACGUUGACGAUGACUUCUUAUUUGUGGAAUGCAAUGUGCCAUCAUCAGCGGAGACCAGUGUGGAGGUGCCCCCAUUCGACGUCGUCGCUUUUGAUAUGAUUACUCCACGCUGCUUGCCUUGCAUUAUCUGUCUUGCCAGUCUGGCAUCCCAGAUGAGCUGCUGGUGUUGAUCUAGCGCCACUGCCGUGUGCGCUUUGUCUGGCUACUCGACUGUGUGUGUGUGUUACCUGUGGAGCUCAACAUCAUGUCUGCCCACACGGCCAGCGCAUGUCAGCCCGUUUAGUAUUGAUGAUGUUGCUCCUCCUUCUGCUGCUGGUAUGUAUCCAUGGUGAUGCUGCUAUGUAACCUUGGCGAUGCUGCUAUGUAACCUUGGUGAUGCUGGUAUGUAACCUUGGCGAUGCUGGUAUGGCGUAUAUAACCAUGGUGAUGCUGGAUGUGCUCCUGGCCAAGUAGCAGGUACGUAGUGGUCUGGUAUGCGUGUUUGUAGAGAGAAGUGCACGGCACCCGGCGGUAUCCGUACAACUCUAUACGUACAGUUUGUGUUGCUUGCCAUGACAACCGUCCUGUUUAUGCAGAACCUGGCGAUGAAGCUCUGGUUUGCCGUUCGCCAUGUGACCUCGUCUCCUGGUAUCUGUUCCGGCUGCUCCAAGUCACGUGACCGACUUCCAGCGACGCCAUCUGCCCUGUGUUCCGCUACUGCUGGGCGUUCGAAUUGCUUCCUUCAGCGAGUGAUUGUCGUCUUCUGCACGGUACCUCUAGCCGCCUGCAUCCACGCAAGCGUGUUUUCCAAGGUAAAUGCUGCUGAGGAAACAUCACAGCAGCUCUAUCUGGUCGUUUUCCAGUAGCAGCAGCAGCAGUAGCAGUGGCACCAGCAGCGAUAGCAGCAGCAACGGCAUCAUCAUCAGCUGUAAGAGCAGGAGCACGAACCUCAGUGUUACUACAUGAUGUCAUGAGCUUAAACAUGAUGUCAUGAGCGUACACAUGGUGUCAUGAGCAGUUUUGGAUUUGUCUUUUCCCGUACACUGCUACUGCUGCUACUGCAUGAUAACUGUCCAUCUGCUGAUUACAUGUAUACCGCUUGCUAAUACCGCUUGCUAAUCGUGUAUUGUACGCAACUAUUUGCUGUGUUGUGUGUGCUGCUAUCCGUGUGUGUGUGUGUGUGCGUGCGUGCGUGUGUGUGUGUGCAUGUGUGGACUUGAUUGUGUAUGUCGAGUUGUAUCGUUGUGUGCGAAUGUGACGAACACCGGAUCGCGGAGGACCAUUUGUUUAUGCUGCACACUCAAAAUAGUAUUUUAUUUGUUCAACGUACAUCUCUUUGCUUUAGUCCAGCUUUCACUACUAAAUUGACUGUGUGCCCUUCCACGCACUACACUACACCAACAGAAUUUAGGAGUCCCGUUCUUAUCUUCUAUAUUUCUUCCAUCGCUUGACUAUGUGCUGGAUAGUUUUUGUGGCAUGCUUGUCAGCACCAUUUUCCUGGUGGUAAUCGUUGGGUUUUAUCUGUCUUCUCCAUUUCUUCUUCGUCAACCUCUCUCCAUGUGGUCAGUGCUAUAAUAGUAUUAUGUCCAUUCUGGACAUGUGACACAUUCUACUUUUUCCCAUUUCACGACAAUUUUCGAUAUUUUCCCAUUUUCGAAGCCAUUCCCAUGAUUUUCGGAAUUUUCCUUUCCGCUCUUGUG